UUUUGGCUCUUUGAGAACCAUUCAGGAGUGUCAGAUCUCUAGCAGUUCUGUUGUUCGCUUAUGUUGUUAGGACGACUUGUACCGACAGUCUCUCGGCAAUUUCCUGAAGGGUUCGGGCGCGCCCGAGUGUGGCGCCCUCUGGCGGCAGGAACUAUCAUUCACGUCUGGCUGGGCUGCGGUCGGUGCACCAGCAUGCGCAGACGCAGUUGCUUCCUGGCGGCCGUUCAGCCCGGACGUGGUUGCCGUUGAGGUCAUUUCCGGCGGGUGAUGGUGCGGACGGGUCAGAAGCGUAGAGGCGGCGGCAAAAUGGCGGCGCCUGAGGAGCGGGAUCUAACCCAGGAGCAGACAGAGAAACUGCUGCAGUUUCAGGAUCUGACUGGCAUAGAAUCUAUGGACCAAUGUCGUCAUACCUUGGAACAGCAUAACUGGAACAUAGAGGCUGCUGUACAGGACAGAUUGAAUGAGCAAGAGGGUGUACCGAGUGUUUUCAACCCACCUCCGUCCCGACCCUUGCAGGUUAAUACAGCAGACCACAGGAUCUACAGCUAUGUUGUCUCAAGACCACAACCAAGGGGGCUGCUCGGAUGGGGUUAUUACCUGAUUAUGCUUCCAUUCCGGUUUACCUAUUAUACGAUACUUGAUAUAUUUAGGUUUGCUCUUCGUUUUAUACGGCCUGACCCUCGCAGCCGGGUCACUGACCCUGUUGGGGACAUUGUUUCAUUUAUGCACUCUUUUGAAGAGAAAUAUGGGAAGGCACACCCUGUCUUCUACCAGGGAACGUACAGCCAGGCACUUAAUGAUGCCAAGCGGGAGCUUCGCUUUCUUUUGGUUUACCUUCAUGGAGAUGAUCACCAGGACUCUGAUGAGUUCUGUCGCAACACACUCUGUGCACCUGAAGUUAUUUCAUUAAUAAACACGAGGAUGCUCUUCUGGGCAUGCUCCACAAACAAACCUGAGGGAUACAGGGUAUCCCAGGCUUUGCGAGAGAACACAUAUCCUCUCCUGGCCAUGAUUAUGCUAAAGGAUCGGAGGAUGACUGUGGUGGGACGGUUAGAAGGCCUCAUUCAACCUGAUGACCUCAUUAACCAACUGACAUUUAUCAUGGAUGCAAACCAGACUUACCUGGUGUCAGAGCGCCUAGAAAGGGAAGAAAGAAACCAGACCCAAGUGCUAAGACAACAGCAGGAUGAGGCAUACCUGGCCUCUCUCAGGGCAGACCAAGAGAAAGAAAGAAAGAAACGGGAGGAGCGGGAGCAGAAGCGGCGGAAGGAAGAGGAGGUACAACAGCAAAAGCUGGCAGAGGAGAGACGGCGACAGAAUUUACAGGAGGAAAAGGAAAGGAAGUUGGAGUGCCUGCCCCCUGAGCCUUCCCCUGAUGACCCUGACAGCGUCAAGAUCAUCUUCAAAUUACCCAAUGAUUCUCGAGUAGAGAGACGAUUCCACUUUUCACAGUCUCUAACAGUAAUCCAUGACUUCUUAUUCUCCUUGAAGGAAAGCCCUGAAAAAUUUCAAAUUGAAGCCAACUUCCCCCGACGGGUGCUGCCCUGCAUCCCCUCAGAGGAGUGGCCCAACCCCCCCACGCUGCAGGAGGCCGGACUCAGCCACACAGAAGUUCUCUUUGUUCAGGACCUAACAGAUGAAUGACACUUUCUUCCUCUCCCCACCCACCCCAAUUCCUAAAAGAAAUGGAUAAAACAAAAACAAAAAAACAAGGAAUUCAUAUUAUUAUUAUUAUAAUACAAUAUUUUUUUUAAAAGACUGCUGCAUCCUAAGGAAGGAUCAGAAACCAUGCUGCCUGCAAGAGUCACAACUUGGUGUGUGUGCAAGAGAGGUCAGUGAUGAACGUACCCGCUUGGCAAGCCCACCCUUCCUCCUGCCUCUGUACCACGCACCUUCCAGCGAAAGGAGACUCUUCACCUCCAGCCCGUCCAUUGUCUUGACUGGGGAAGGGGACAUUCCCACUAGUUCUCAUUCAUUCUUGCUUUUAUGGAAAAGAAAAAUGAAAAACCUCCAUCAACCAGCUCUACAGCAUCUCCUGAGGACUCACUUCUCCCACCUCUGGAGAAGAGAGAGAAGAGAAGGGACAGAACAAAGAUAUUCCUUGAACUUCCCACAAUUUAUGAAUAACUUUUUAACUUUUUUCUGUUGCUUUGUAUUGACCAAAGGAAUGAGGCUGACAUAGGUGUAUUUUAUUUCCUUAACUUUAUUUGAUAAAGAGCCAAUUCUUAAACCCAUGAGUUCAUGGCUUGGGCUCCUUAGCCCACAGCAGUGUAAUAAAGGUGCCCGGGCUGGUUUGUGCUUAUUUCUGCAAAUUGUUCCUCUCAACUUCCCAGAGAGGUCGUUCUUUUUGGUCCAACUCUUGCUGUCCUUUCUUGCCACUUAUGCACCCAACUUAGAGCAGUGGGAAGAAAUCUAGGUUUAUAGUCCCAUAAAGGUUGUUUUCUGUCUAUGUACAGAUUCACCCAUGUAUGCAACAAGGACUCUGUGUAUACUCACCUGUACACACAAUGGCAGCUUUUCCAUGGAAAUCUGUACCGGGGGUGGUUAUGUGGUCUGAACCAAAGGACAGCAGCUCUUCAUUCCUCUUGAGAUGUGUGCAUGCUGUUCCUCCCCAGCUCUGAGCUUUCCUGACUUGCCAAGCUUGGUGCCUUUCCAAAGGACUAGGGCCUGUGGUGGAGCCAGCAGAACCACACGAGAGUGCCCUGCCUGUGUCAGUGGAUGUGUGCCAGGGUUUUCCCCUUUAAGGAUAGAACCAGAGGCCUUGAGGAAGGGGACCAAGACCAGCCUCCUGGCCUUUGUAAACUGUUAGGCACGUUUCAAAUUCUGAUGGAGCCACCUACUGGAGGCAGUUUUUAAUCCUCUCCCUCUUUGCUGUGUCAAAGUAAUAGGGUUUUUAAACAUCUGGAUGUCUCAUCUGUGAUUGAAUUCCUGGUAACAGUACAUGGGUCAGGCCAUGUAUUAACAUGCCAUUGUGAACUGACAAGUAUUCCAAAGUGUUCUAUAGCUAGCCUGGUGUGGACUCGUAACAUUAUGAUCUACUGAAAUUACUAUAGCUCCUUAGCAUGCCAUGAAGCCAAGUGUUCAGAUCAAGAUAGAACAUACCUUGUUAGAACACCUGCAGUCUCUAGUGUUCAACUAAAACCUAAGGACAGCUCUUUUAGGUAACAGUCAUGUGGUUAAGAUUCUCUGCAUCCCUCCGUUGUAGGGUAAACAGUGUGGGGCAGGAUGAAGAGCCUCAUGGGGCUCUCCUGGAGAGCCUAAGAAUGUCCUAGAGGCCUUGGCACAGGCACCUGGCACACCAGAUCUAGGGGAAUAGAGUUCUGCUCCUGGUUUUCCACUUUGUUUCCUACACCCAAGGCCAGGCAAGUGGGAAAUCACCAUCUGAUUGUUGUCAAAUAUUUCUGGAGUGGCUUAACAGGAUGACCCAUGUUCACCACUCAAUCCUAUGUGAAAUCUGCUUCCCACUGACAACCACACAAAGAGGAAUUCCCCCCCACUUAACUUGAACCUCCCUCCCUGUCUGGAAUUCACUGCUGUUUCCCUAGCAGGAUGCAGGAGGAUAUUAAGGAACUUCAUUCUUCCUGGGUGUCGUGUAUGAGCAUCUUGCCCACACCUUUUUGGGCAAGUCAUAAUUUUUGUCCUUCGUAAUUCUGCAUCUUGUUUUACAGUGUGCACUUUAUGCCUCUUGCCUUUUGAUACCUGGUUCAAUGAAGGAGGUCAGAUGCCAGAAUAUUAAGAAAAAGUCCUGCUUAUGUCCGUACAACUCUUGGGGUGGCCUACCCAUUUAUGUUGGGGUUCAAGAGGCUUCACCUGAAGCACAAGCAUCUCCCUAGUCCUUUGAAAUGGCCCUGCUUUACUUAGACCCUAUUCCUAUCUCCUCACUGACUCUAGCACUGAUCUCUAGAUGACAUCUCCUUUUCUCCUCAUUGAAAGGUGAGCUGCAUGUUUUGUCACUUAUUGCCAGUACAAUCAGUAAGUUAACUCCCAGGGACCACUGGGAGCUCAAUGGGGCCUGCAAGGGAGAACACCCUGAGAGACCACUGAUCUACAAGAAUUUGCUCUUGUUUCCAAAUCACCUCUGGGAUAUGGCAAGUCGUCAACUAAACAAAGGCAGUUUUUUAGGUUUUGUUCUGCACCCCCAAGACUGAAGUUGUAGAUUCAGCCAAACAACCAUGGGACAUGACCAAGCAAGGACAAUCUCUUGGAAGUCAGUUGAAUUUCUGCAGCCUCAAUGGGGCCCUCUGGUCUUUUCUUCCACUUCUGCAGAAUUUCCUGCAGCAAGUAUUUUUCUCCUUGCUUAUCUCCACUCUGAUAUUUGGAUAAGAGAUGGCUAGAAGAGAAUAUUGCUCUCUUCUAAAAAUAUACUAAAAAGAACCUGGAAUCUCCAACUCAGCAGUCAUUAUGAAAAUUGCUAAAUGGUGCCAAAGCCAAGGAAAGAGCUUGAGAAAAUGUGGGAAGAAGCAUGACCCCCAGAAUGCAGAAUCGGGGAAUAUUAUCAUCUGGUGCUUGGACAAGGAGUUCCACUUUACAACUGGUUUUUUAGGACUUGUGAAGAACGCAGCAACAGGAAAUCCAUCCCCAAAGGAUGCAGUGACCCAACUUGUACUGCACCUGAAUAGUUACGUGAUAACUUACUGAAGAAAUCUAGUGUACUUUAAAUUUUUUUCAUAAAAGUUUACAUUGUACUGUAGGUUAACAUUAAAUGUUUUAUAACAAAA